CAAAUUGCCACACACACACAUAAGGUCAAACAUACACACACACGCAUAAGACAAACACACCUUCAGAGCACGUCCCCACGCCUACCUUUCUCGAAUGACUGGGCUUGUUGGUGCUCACGCCCGUACCUGUUGGCUUAGCCGGGCAGACACCUGUCAUACGGAGAGUACUUUCUCUCUGCGAACACACACGCAGACACACACACAAAUACAGACUCAUUCUGACUUGACACAGGACUUAACCAGCGUUUAUAUACAGCUAAGUGAACAUUGGUCUCUUCUUCUGAGAACGCUGGGACAAUCUGAAUACAAGUAGGUCAUUUAUACACCAAGUAAAGGGUGGAAAAGAGAGGAACAUACCUGAAGAACAGUCAUGUCUAAAGAGGGGGACCGAGCAUCUGUAUUUCGUACCACCAAGGUGCGCACCAAGUUAAAGGGAGACAACAGCUGGAUGCAGCGUGGCGGCCAGGCGGAGACCGACGAGGAUGAGAAGCCAUGGAUGGCUGAGGUCCGAGCCAGAGGUCUGGAUUCAGAGCAGGAGUCCAGCCCACCGGCCUCGCCAGCCCCCGCCACGGCGCCCGUCGACAAGCCCACAUUAGAAAAAACACCCACGUCAGGUUAUUUGAUCAGGGGUGUUUUUACAAAAACGGAAAACAAGCCCGCUCCCUCCUCAAAGACAAAUGGCUUCAGAACCUCCCCGUCCGUUGUGCGCCCGGCCCCGCUGGCCCCCAAAUCCAGCCCGCCGGCUCCGAUCGAGGGCCAGCUCAGCGUGGAGGAGCAUGAGAAGCGUACUGAGGCAGCCAGCAACGUUUUGAAGAAAUCCUCGGUCAGACAGCGGUCCUAUGUGCUUUCGGCUGCCAAGCAAUUUGAGCCUACAGAAAAAGAGCCUGACACCUCAGUAAACAGCAGUCUAUCUUUUGUUGCCAAAAGGGUGGAGAUAACAGAUGACGAUGAGGCUGAAGCACCUGCAGCUACUGGACCCCAAACGAUCCCUUCCAUCUCCCCCACCCCUCCCUCUCCCACUGCUCCUACCCCUGCCCCUCUCCCGGUCACUACUCCUGCUCCUACCCCUCUCCCGGUCACUACUCCUGCUCCUCGCCCAGCCUCUACACCUGCUCCUACCCCGGCUUCUCUCACGGCCUCUGACCCUACUCCUCUGCUGGCCUCUGCCCCCGCUCCUCCGCCACCCCGCCGCUCUUCUCCUCUCCCAUACCGUGUCCCACCCAAGCUCCCAGCCCGUCCCACACCGCAGGCACUAGUGAAAACGAGUGUGGAAACAGUGGCGGCGGAUGAAGAGGUGAAGGCUCCCGAGCCGGUGGUUGUGGCCCCGGAACCCGUGGCCCCCGAACCCGUGGCCCCGGAACCCGUGGCCCCGGAACCCGUGGCCCCGGAACCCGUGGCCCCCGAGCCCGUGGCCCCGGAACCCGUAGAGGAAGCGACCUCCUGGGUGGUGCUCCCCCAGAAGGACGCGCCAGUGGUGGUCACCUCGGCGACGGUAGAGGACGACGACCCGUUCAAGGACAUGAAACCUGGGUGCACCAAGGGGGACACCCCGCUCCCCACGCUGAUACUGGAGCCCCCGACCUGGGAACGGGAGCUGUGUGAGAUCAAGCACUCAGGACCGUUGCGGUCUGUGCCCGGCCCCGUCGCCCAAACCCUGGUCCAGGAAGAAUCCACUGUUUGUGAGCCGUUAUCCCCGAACAAGACCAGUUCCGGCGGUCACACGCUUACUGAAUUGUCCGACACUCUCAUUUUCUUCGACAAACGCUCAACGAGUUUAUUGGACAGUCCGAUUGAAGCUGUCGUGCCUGAACCUACCAGUCCGGUUUCAAAAAGUUUGCCAGUGGAUGAGUCAUCUUUGGUAUCAACAAGCCCUGUUACAAGCCCAGUAUCCAAAGAAUGUGUUGUGGAGAAACCAGUCCCAGAAAUCAGCCACUGCAUAGUAAUGACCGAUGACCUUCUAGCUCUCACCGAAGGGCCUGAGGAGUCGGUCAAACUGGUUCCUUCUAGCCCGGGUCACUGGAGUCAGGAUCUGCUUGGUGGAACAGAGAGCCUCUCAGGCCCAGUGGGCAACAGCCUGGACCUCCUCGCCCAAGAUGUCAUCCCCAUUAACACAGAGGAGCACAGCCUGAGCACCGACGUGAAGCAGAAGACACAACAAUGGGAACAGAAGUUUACAGACACACAGAGCCCAACAGAGACAUUCAGCACGACUACUACUGAGAUAAGCAGAACCGAAACCUACCCAGCCUCCUGGGGCUCACAGGGGACAACCACCACAGUCUCCACAUCAAGCUCGACUGAUCCGUUUGAUCCAUAUCCGAUAGGGACCACAUCUCCUAACAGCUCUUCUGACCCGAUGCCGCCCCUCUCUGCCCAUUCCAUCAAGAGCUCUGUAACCCUUGUGUCAAACACUUCACCUGAAGCAGAGCUGAACUCAGGAUUCAGUGAGAGCACUCAUGCCUUGGAGCCCCUGGCAGACGACGUCACCCCGAGCGACACGGACACCAAAAGCCUGAGUUCCCGGCGUUCCUGGGCACGCACAUGGGAGACCGACACAUCCACUGACGAGAGACAAGAGGAUGUGCCUGCAAGCCGAGGAGAAGAUCAACAGACACUGGUCACGUUUGAGAGGAAGUCCCUGGAGAAUGACUCCCCAUGGGACAGAUGGACAUCACCCAGUGUCGUUACAGUCCCCAUAGAGGAGGAGGAACAGGAAGAAGGAAGCCCCGGGGGGACGGAAACACACACCGUCACCACCGUCACAAGCCUCAGGGAAACAUACAGUGAGCCAGAGCCAGCUAUGGAUCGUUUCCAAACGUACUCCAGGAGCGUGACGACAGAGGAGAGCCAGCAAGAAGAAACACCUGAGCCCAAAAAGCCGUUUGUGUACGUGAAGGAGUACGUUAAUGCGACGGAGACGUCUCUGCACAACGCCUUGGACGACGCUGGAAGUGGCUCCGACGUCGAGACAUCAAGCUCUGCCGGUUAUUCCUACAGCUCGCCCACUUCCUACGCCAGGGCCGCUUCGUCGUCCACCUGUAACUACUGCGGAGAUCUUGUGGGAAACGAGGCCAAGAUCACCAUCGAACAUCUCAAUAUCAACUGCCACCCCGACUGCUUCAAGUGCGGUGUAUGCAGUAGGCCUAUGGGGGACCUCAUCUACAGCAUGUUCCUCCAUGCCGGUGUGGUCCACUGCGAGAGCUGCUACUCCACCCUGGACUGAACACACGUGCCCUCCAAGAACCCGCCCACCCCCAUCCCACCCUUCCUCUCGAAGCGCAUGUGAAAUUAAAAAAGUCACAGGUUAUUUGCAUUAUCCUAUAGCACCGCUCUUUGUUAUAUAAGGCUAAACUACAGUUGAUGCCGUUAGUUUGAACGUCGGACUUCGACAUUGCAAUCCUUUUCAGUUUAAGUUUGUUUUUCUUUCUCUCUCCGAUGGUGAAUAUGGUGUCUGUUCCAGUGCACUACGAAGGAUUUGUCUCACACACAAUGAAACUGUGAAUAGACUAAAGCUGGUUUUUGGGUACAAUACACCAUAUGGUAGUAAUUGGGAUGAAUAUACAUAAAAUCAUUUUUAUAAAAAGUUAACUUUUUAUUUCUUGAUGUACAAAAUAUGUUCACUUUCUGUGAUCCUUUGCUUUUAAAAUAAAGUGAUUUACAGAAUCCCCUUAUAAA